GUAAUUGAGAAUGGGUCCUCAACGAUGCUAAGUCUACAAUGGGAAGUGUCACACUACGCUAUUUCUGCUAUGGGUGCCUUUUCACAUCUGUGACCUGGACACUUCUGCUCUUUGUGUAUUUCAACUUCAGUGAAGAGAACCAAUCCUUCAAGAAUGUGCCCGUCAAGGGGCUGGAACCUCAGAGGCCAUUUCCAAAAAAAUUCUACCCCCGUUUUACACGGGGGCCAAUUCAUAUACCUGAAUUGCAACAGAAAGAGAAUAAGAUAGGAAAUCACCUUGGAAAUCAUGUCCAGGACCCAGUUAAAGGGGAGGUUGAAUUCUCUCCUGAAAUGGGAAUGAUUUUUAAUGAAGAAGAUCAGGAAGUGAGAGACUUGGGCUACCAGAAGCAUGCUUUCAAUAUGCUUAUCAGUAAUCGACUGGGAUACCACAGGGAGGUGCCCGAUACAAGAGAUGCAAAAUGUAGAGAGAAGUCCUACCCUGCGGAUCUGCCAUCUGCCAGUGUUAUCAUCUGUUUCUACAACGAAGCGCUUUCUGCCCUGCUUCGCACAGUGCACAGUGUUCUGGAUCGCACUCCUGCACACCUCCUUCAUGAAAUUAUUUUGGUGGAUGACAACAGUGAAUUGGCUGACUUGAAGAAAGACUUGGGUGAAUAUGUUAAAACUCAGCUUCCAAAAACCACGAAAUUGGUAAGAAAUGAGAAGCGUGAAGGCUUGAUUCGAGGAAGGAUGAUUGGAGCCUCUCACGCCACAGGUAUUUUUCCUUUGCUGGUAUUCCUGGACAGUCACUGUGAGGUGAAUGAGAUGUGGUUACAACCUCUGCUGACUCCCAUCAGAGAAGAUCGCAAGACUGUGGUGUGCCCUGUGAUUGACAUAAUCAGCUCUGACACACUUACCUACAGCUCUUCCCCAGUUGUGCGUGGAGGAUUUAACUGGGGCCUGCACUUUAAGUGGGAUCUUGUUCCUUUGUCAGAACUGGAAGGACCCGAGGGAGCCACUGCUCCAAUCAAGUCACCUACUAUGGCUGGAGGCCUGUUUGCCAUGGAUCGUGAGUACUUUAAUGAGCUUGGACAGUAUGAUAGUGGCAUGGACAUCUGGGGAGGAGAAAAUCUGGAAAUAUCUUUUCGGAUCUGGAUGUGUGGUGGUAGACUUCUGAUCAUCCCCUGCUCCAGGGUGGGACACAUUUUCCGGAAAAGGCGUCCCUAUGGCUCACCAGGGGGACAGGACACUAUGGCUCAUAACUCCUUGCGGCUGGCACACGUGUGGAUGGAUGAAUAUAAGGAGCAGUAUUUUGCUUUGAGACCUGAGCUAAGGAUGAGGAACUACGGAAAUAUUACUGACCGUGUAGAACUGAGAAAGAGAUUGAACUGCAAGUCAUUUAAGUGGUAUUUAGAUAACAUCUAUCCUGAGAUGCAAAUAUCUGGGCCCAAUGCCAAAGCUCCGCAGCCAGUAUUUAUUAAUAGAGCACAGAAACGACCGAAAAUAAUCCAGCGUGGAAGGCUGUAUCACCUUCAAACCAACAAAUGCCUGGUCGCCCAGGGCCACCCAAGUCAGAAAGGAGGCCUGGUAGUGGUUCGUGAAUGUGACUACAAUGAUCAAAACCAGGUCUGGAUUUACAAUGAAGAUCAUGAGCUGAUUUUAAAUAAUCUCCUUUGCUUGGACGUUUCGGAAACUCGCUCAUCCGAUCCACCUCGUCUCAUGAAAUGCCAUGGGUCCGGCGGCUCGCAGCAGUGGACAUUCGGGAAAAACAACCGCCUCUACCAGGUCUCUGUGGGGCAGUGCAUGAAGGUGGUGGAUCCACUUAGCCACAAAGGGUACGUGACCAUGGCCAUCUGUGAUGGGUCCCUUCCGCAGCAGUGGCGUUUUGAGAGCUGAGGCAGCGAG